AUGAAAGUUGAUUUAAGCAAAAUAACAGCUUAGAAUCUAGUACCUGAUUUGCUCUUGUAUUUGUCCUUGACUGAGAAUAGUGGACUGGUUGAAUUCUGUCAAAAGCAACCCAUAAAACAUCGGAAAAUGUAUUAUUACUUACAAUACAUGUUACCACAUGAAACCAAUUACAAGAAGGGUCAGUACAUUUUAUAGGAAUCCAGUAUGUAGAAAUAAUUCGAGGAGACAUUGAAUGAGCCAUACGUCAAAGAGUACGAAGUGGGAUUACACCAUUGCGAUUUCUUCUUGCCAAAUUCGAAUACGAUAGUGGAGGUGAAUGGAUAUAAACAUUACAUUCACUUCAAGGAGAGGAAGACUGGUCAAUACCAGUAGAAAUAUAAUUACCUGAUAAAGAAGGGAUUUAAUGUUAGAGAAAUAGAUAAUAAUGAUAACCGUAUAUGA